AUGAGUUCUGAAGUCAUUGAAAGUGCUGAAGUUAUUGAAAAUAUUGAAGCUAUAGAGAAUGCUAAAGUUAUCAAAAAUAUUGAAGCUACUGAAAAUGCUGAAGAUAUGCAAGAUUCAGAGGAAUUGUAUGAAAAAAAAGACGAUUAUAUUUUAGUAACGAGUUAUGCAAAAUAUAGAUCAUUAAACAAAAAUCUUGCUGAUAUCUUUAAGUUUGGAUGGAAAAUUAAAUUACAGAUACUUCAUGAUAUUAUAUCUAAUCUUAAUCAUAUUCAUUAUAAAAGAUAUUUACAUCAAGAUUUACAUCUGGAAAAUAUCUUGUUAAAAGAAGAUUAUGAAACAUAUAUUAUCAAUCUAGGUUUAUCAAAGCCGCUUGAUGAGAAAGAUCAAGAUCAUAUUAAUGGUGUCUUGCCUUACAUUGCCCCAGAGCUAUUUCAAAGAAAACCAUACACUUAA